CACAAUUUAUUGGAAGUUGUGUAAGCACGUUGACCGUUUCAUUAUUCCUUCAUUGUUGUUUAGCCCAAGAACACAUCCUGGCCAUACUGCAUUAAAAUAUUAUUUAUUUAUUACUUUUUAUCUGUUAUACAGCGCUUGCCAAAAUCAGCUGAAUGAUUACGAAACUUUGGUUAACAAUAAAUCUCUAAAUUUGUCCAUCUUUAUGUUUAUAAAUAUCUUUCUUAAUUUUUGUUUCUUCCGUUAAGCAAUCCUCUGCAACUAUUUCCGGCGAAGUUUUUCCUCUCAUGUUAAUCGACUUUAUCAAUGAUAUAUAAAAGAAAAAGAAGGUGCUAGCUCUUGCUGACAUUAAAAGUUAUUCACAUCCUCGGUACUUAUCUUUUUGAGACAAUGGAAAAUGUUAUACAGAACGAAUGUAACCAGGUUUAUGUAAACCUGGUGAAUUAAGGUGAAAUGUAUCCCCUGGAUGAGAUUAUUAGCAACAUUUGUGUAUGUCGCUGUCUAGAAUGAGUCCUUGAUGAAACUGGUAUCAAAAUAUUAUUUUACAUCAGAAGCAUCAUCAAUAUUUAUCAGCUUUUAAAGAUAAAGGAAGAUUCUAUAUAAGAAAUAUGAUACUUGUAUAAAUCUGAGGAAGUAUGGCAAAUUUUUUCAGUCUCUGUCUGGAAGGUCACUGUCUGGAAUGAGAAAAAAAUUCUGCAUUCUAAAUAAAUAUAUUUAUAAAUUACUUUACAUCAUCUUCAGAUAUUGGUAAAGACUGCAGUUGAUGGGAAUAUAAUUGAAGGAAUACUUGUUAAAAAUAAUUUAUAAAAAGAAAAGCAAGUGUGGAGAAAUAAGAAAAAUGAUAAUAAAAUGAGUUAGAAGAUUGAUUUACAUUUUUAUCCUUCAGAAAUGGCCAAAAAAUUAGGAAAGUCUUCAUAUGAAUGUGAUAUCUGUAAAAAGUUAUUCACUACAAAAGGUCAUCUUACUACUCAUAUACGUAUACAUACAGGAGAGAAACCAUAUCACUGUGAUAUCUGUGGUAGAUCAUUCUCUCGAACUGAUGAAUUAACCACUCACAAACGUGUUCAUACAGGAGAGAAACCAUAUAAAUGUGAUAUCUGUGGUCAAUCAUUUACACGUAGAGAUAUUUUAACCACACACAGACGUAUUCACACAGGAGAGAAACCAUAUCAGUGUGAUAUGUGUAGUAAAUCAUUCUCCAAACGUAAUAAUUUAGCUGAUCAUAAACGCAUUCAUACUGGAGAAAAACCAUAUCAGUGUGAUUUUUGUGGUAGAUCAUUCAAUCAAAAUAAUCAGCUAAUUAAACACAAACGUAUUCAUACAGGAGAAAAGCCCUAUCACUGUGAUGUCUGUGACAAAUCAUUCUCUCGAAAUGAUAAGCUAACUGCUCACAAACACAUUCAUACAGGAGAGAAACCAUAUCAGUGUGAUACCUGUGGUAAAUCAUUCCCUCGAAAUAGUGCCUUAACUGAUCAUAAACGCAUUCAUACUGGAGAAAAACGAUUCCAUUGUGGUGUUUGUGGUAAAGCAUUUGUUCAAAGUAAUGUUUUAAAGGGACAUAUUCGCAUUCAUACAGGAGAAAAACCGUAUCCUUGUGAUAUCUGUGGUAAAGCAUUUGCUCAGAGUACUGAUGUAACUGUUCACAAACGUAUUCACACUAAAGAAAAGCCAUAUCAUUGUGAUAUUUGUGGUAAAGCAUUCUCUCGCAGAAAUUAUCUAGCUAAGCACAAAAGUAUUCAUACAGCUUCAAGACUGCAUCACUGUAAUAUCUGUGAUAAAUCAUUCCCUCAGCAUGAUGAUUUAACUAAUCACACAUGUAUUCCUACAAUUGAUUCACAUUUUUGUCCUUCAGAAAUGGCCAAAAAAGUAGGAAAGUCUUCACAUGAAUGUGAUAUCUGUGGAAAGUUAUUCACUACAAAGGAUCAUCUUACUACUCAUACACGAAUACAUACAGGAGUGAAACCAUAUCAAUGCGACAUCUGUGGUAGAUCAUUCUCACGAACUACUGAAUUAACCACUCACAAACGUGUUCAUACAGGAGAGAAACCAUAUAAAUGUGAUAUCUGUGGUCAGUCAUUUACACGUAGAGAUGUUUUAACCAGACACAGACGUAUUCACACAGGAGAGAAACCAUAUCAGUGUGAUAUGUGUAGUAAAUCAUUCCCCAAUAGUACUAACCUGACUGCUCACAAACGCAUUCAUACUGGAGAAAAACCAUAUCAUUGUGAUUUCUGUGGUAGAUCAUUCACCCAAAAUAACCAGCUAACUAAACACAAACGUAUUCAUACAGGAGAAAAGCCCUAUCAAUGUGAUAUGUGUGACAAAUCAUUCUCUCGAAAUGAUAAUCUAACUGCUCACAGACACAUUCAUACAGGAGAGAAGCCAUAUUGGUGUGAUAUCUGUGGUAAAUCAUUCCCUCGAAAUAGUGCCUUAAUUGAUCAUAAAUGCAUUCAUACCGGAGAAAAACGAUUCCAUUGUGACGUGUGUGGUAAAGCAUUUGUUCAAAGUAAUCUUUUAAAGGGACAUAUACGCAUUCAUACUGGGGAAAAACCGUAUCAUUGUGAUGUCUGUGGUAAAUCGUUUGCAAAAAGUACUGCCGUAACUCUACACAAACAUAUUCACACUAAAGAAAAGCCAUAUCAUUGUGAUAUUUGUGGUAAAGCAUUCUCUCGCAGAAAUUAUCUAGCUAAGCACAAAAGUAUUCAUACAGCUUCAAGACUGCAUCACUGUAAUAUCUGUGAUAAAUCAUUCCCUCAGCAUGAUGAUUUAACUAAUCACACAUGUAUUCCUACAUGAGAAACAAAAACACAUCAUUGAUUUUUCCAGUAAUCAUUCUCACCAAAAUGUGGAGCAGAGAAGAGUAUUAAUGGACGAAGAGUGGGUAACAAGGGAAAUGGUGCUGGACUGUAAGAAAAGAAAGUGGUAACAUGGAAGCACUGCAGUUUGGGAGAUAAUUGGGUGUACCUUCAUUGUGAUAUUAAUCUUUACAUAAAAACAAAAUGUGUGGAAUUAUCUUUGAAUUAUCAUCAUCAAUAUUCUUGUGUCCAUCAUCAAUGUUUCUCUAACAUUUUGUCAUGUCAUUAGUUUGAAAUUUGAAAUUCUAGAGUUCUGGCUGCACCAAUCAUUGUGAAUAUUCUCAAUUUGAAAUCGAAAUAAAACUGGUUUACUCUUAAA